GAUUGUUUCAUUUCAGGUGACUGAGAAGUUGAUUUCAGCAAGAUGCGAAAGGAAGGACACUCAAUUUCAGGGUUAGAAUUGCACAAAAAUGCACGAAGAUGAUGAAAGUAAUAGACGAAGUCGGUGGAUCAGAUGAAGGAGAACUAGAGGAUGGUGAAAUUGAAGAGGAAGAAGGUCAAAUUCUGCCUCCAGAUCUAGAUGAACUGAGCAGUGUUGUCGAUGUUGUUCAGUUGCCGUCGCCUUCGAGUCCGACAUCGGCAAAAAAAGCAAAUAUUCCGGACAAGUCAAAUGAGAAUAAAAAGGUUACUGGCGAUAUUGACGGAGGAAAGGAGAAGCGGACCCCAAAAUUAAAUGCAAGUCGUAGAAGAGAGUCUUUACCUAAAAGUUACAGGAUAAAGGAAACAAGGACUACAAAGCGCAAGAAAUCCCGGAGUCCAGAAAAUGAUGGACGCGAGCGGAAACGGAGUGGAUCGUCGAGUUCCAGCGGGAAGAGUCGGGCACAGAGACGGGCAAGUGAGGCGGUGAAGCGCGCCAGCAAAAGACGAGAUCGCGACCGAGAAUCACCGGCGGGGUCGGGGAGGAGAUCCAGCCGAAAUUUGUCUCGAAGAUCAAGGUCAAGGUCACCGGUGAUCAGACAUCAGAGAUCAAAUCGGCAAUUGACCCAUGAGCCUGAGCUUGCUGAAUAUGAACGUCUUCUUCGAGAUCAUCGCAGCAUCCAGAACAAGAUCAGAGAAGAAGAGAGACGGCUCUCUGGUGGUUCCCAUAGCAACAAGUCUACACAUGGAUAUGAUAAAGGGCAGACUUCACAAUCAAAAAGUCGUGGAAGAUCAAAAGACAAAUCAGCAGUGAAAAUUACCAAGAAAAAACCAGAUGAAGAUAAUGAAGAUGAAGAGAUGAUGCUCCUUCAACUCAGAAAAGUUGCCCUGGCGUCACUGGCAAAAGAAGAGAAAGGGAAAGAGAAGACAGACAAGACUGAUGCAGGUGAUGUGCAGAUUUCAGUUGGGAAAAAUGGUGACGUCAUCAAACCGGAAAUUCCAGUUGUUGAGAAACAGAGUGGAAGUUCACUCCAAGCUAAUAAUAACAAUUCUUCGGAAGCUACCAUUUCGUCAGCAACGGGGGAGCAAGACACGUCUGUUCCUGAGGGACAGUUUGACAACUAUGAAGAAGUAGAAAUGGAAGUGGAUGAUGAAGAGGAAGAAAAAGAAAAUGUGCCCAAACCUGGAACUCAAGGAGCAGGCAAUUCAGUUAAGGAUCCUAUCGCAGCCUUAGAUGCGGUGGUCAAGGAUGAGGACGACGAUGAGGAGAAUCUUCUGAGGGCUCAACUCUUGAAAUCUAUGCUUACCAAGAGAGCAGCUAAAGUACAAUCAGAAAAGAUCAACUCCAGUACCGGCAGCACACCAUGCAAGCCUUUGUCACCGGCCACACCCCCGCUUUCCUCGGCCCCCUCCCCACCCCCAUCCUCGACCCCUCCCCACCGUACCUCCACCCCGCCCCCUAAUGCCUCGACUCCGCCCACUUUGUCCAGGUCGUCCUCUCCUGUCCCCACAAGGCUUCAGCAACAGGGUUCCUCAUUGGCCAGCCAGGUGCCUAGCCGAGCAAAGCCACCAGUGGUUCCAGUCCAUCUUCCUGUCGUAAUCAACCUUGAAGAGGACAGUGAUGAGAGCGAAGAAGAGUCCUCGUCAAGCUGUGUUCCGUUCAUGGGACAGCUAGAUUCAUUCCUCAAAGAAUUCAGGAUGUCUUCCAAUACUCGGAGUACUAAGACUACUGCACAAACAGCAAAAGGGAAACAACACGCUCAGUCAUCCUCCAAGGUAGCCCCGAUUCCUAAGACCCCAGAAGCCAUCAAGGCUGCCCCAACACCGCGCCGCCAAGAAUACCACCGUCUCAGAGAGGAGAUCGCUCGCCGGGAGCAUAGAACGUUAUCCUCAAAGCCUCAAGGAUCUGUUGGAAGAUCUGAACUGCAUGACAGAAAGACACCUAAGCAUGCAGGUGUCGAAAGACACAAAGGAUCGGGGAGUGGACGGGGUGAGGCAUCUGGGCGUGGCACGACUAGUCUACCGGUAGAUGGUGGGGAUCUUGAGCUCGGGAGGCGGCAGAUGCAGGUUAGGAUAACGGCUCAUAAUGAGAGACAGGUUGUAAAGGGUGUGGUCACGGCCAACGCUGACCAAGGGACGCAGGAGACUCCUGCGGGAGGCAGUAGAACCACCGAGGCGAUACCUUUGCAGGUCACCGUCAACCCCACCUCUCGUCUCAAGGGCGAGGCAAAUCCCACCAGGACUGUGCAGAGCACACUAGAAGCAGCAUUGUCCAGGGAACUGGGUGCCAUUAGAGCAUUGACUGGUACACAUGUUACCGUAGAAACGCAACCUCCACUAUCAAUGAAUGCAGGAAGCAUGAAGGAGGACAACACAAGCAACGAAGUUGCAAGGAAGAAUCUGGAGUUGAAAAUUGCGGAGAAGGAAAAGCAGAGAGAGCAGCUGGCAAAGGUGAUGAUGGAGAGAGAGAAGCAAGAAGAGAUGCAGAGGAAGAAGAUGGAGGAGAUGAAGGCCAGGAGGAAGCAGGUCUUAGAAUGGGAGAGGAAGAGGAAGGAGUAUAGUUUACUCUUGAAGAAAGAUAAAGGCCUAAUCAUCAACCAGGAACAACAGAUUACAAGAAGACGUAAGAACAUCAACGUAGCCAAGGUACAGUUGGAACGGCUCAGGGAACAAGUCGCUGCAAUGGAGAAAGCACUUAGUAUGAAUCAGGCCCAAAUGAUCAAGCAUGCUAAACAGAAAACAGCUUUGGAGGCGAGGAUGGCCCAGCGCCUUGAAUUAGACAACCAGGCCGGCUCCCAUCUUGCCAAAUUGAGGGGCGUGGCCAUCUCUAACAUUAGCCAAUCGGAGUACCAGUCCCACCUCUCGAGGCCAAGUACCCAAGAAGUGCCUGCUGUGCUCGGAGAUAAGAGGAGAAACGAUGGAUCGGAAUCUAGUGAUAUAGAUACAAAGAAAGCAAAGACAGCUGGCCAGACUGCUGACCUAAAGAAACUUCAAGAUAUGGAGCGGCACCUAGCGGACAAGAUUCGCGAGUUUCGAGAGGCCGAGGCGAAGAAAGCCCUCAUAGGUGUCACCGCAAAGUCUGUCGUCCCAGAAAACAAAGCUAAACUCGUCCGGCAACUCUCUUCUUCAAAACCCUCCGCAAAGAUUUACACCAAAGAUGUGAUCAAGCUUAGUGCUGAGGCAACAGCAGCUUUAGAUAAUGAGGUCCCAGAGGUGAAAGUUGAAGGGUCAAAUGCCAAAGGUCAAGAGAGGAGGAAAUCAUGGUUGGAUGCAAAUCCGACCCUUACGCCAAAUAUCAAGAGCCGCUCUAAGCCUUCCACACCCAGCACCCCAAGUGUGGCUGCACUUGGUAAGAUGAAAGCAAAAUUCAAGUCAGAAGGUCAGAGGUCGGGUCAAAAGUCAGCUCAAAGUUCACUGUCUGACACGUCCUUGGAGAGUGACCUUCUGCAGUGGAUUGAGUCAUCAGAGAGGACCGGUAGCCCGGUUCCUGACUCCGUGGACACUCCUAAGAACUUGCCGCUGUUUGGUCAAAAGGCACUGAAAUCGGGGUACAUGAGUCGCAUUAGGAAAGAGCAGAAGGAAUCGGAGAAGCAGGGCCCAGACUUUCUCUCCUUGAGCUUCAAUCAAAGACUGCCCUCUAUGGAAGCAGUAGGGUCAGGAUGCUUCCAUGUAGACUGGUGUAAAGACACAAAUAAGGAUGAACAUGCAAGUAUAGAAGCUGUAGAACCAAUGAAGAAUGAAGGAGAGAAUGUGUCACCAGUCAAGGCUGAUUCUAGAGGUCUUAUGGCUUACACAAGUUCCUUACUGCCUUUCAAAGCUUUCAGGCUUAGCCCCCUGUUCCGCUACAAGGCAGGUUAUUCCGUCCAAUCACCCAGCUUCACUAAUAAGCUUGAUGCCAGCAGGCCACUCUGUCAGUACGAGCUGAAAGGAACAUGCAAUGAUGAUGACUGUGUUUGGCAACAUGAGAGAGACUAUACCAUGUCGUCGAGGGAGAUGCUGACUGAUCUCCUUUCCUACAACGCUGUCAGCAAGGCCCAUGACAAGGAUGACAUCACAAUGAGGAACAUCCCUGCGAGCCCGAUUCGGCAUAAACCAGCUUCCACUGAGAAAGACAAACUCAAUACCUGCAUAGAGAAGGUUCUUGGUGGAAAUGAAGAAGGAGUUGUUUCUCGCCUUAUCUCUUGCCCCCGUAAAUGGCGCCCAAGGCCCCGCCCCCGCACCCAGCGUCUCUCCUCGGGCGACUCCGAUGCCCUCACAGAAAUCCUCCCCCUCGUUCCUCCAAAGUAUUCCAAAUCAUCCGCUCAGACGAUGAUUAGAAAGGAAGCCAUUCAAAGCGUGGAGGAAGAGGCAAGGUAUUUUGGUGGUUAUCAUGGUGACGACCUCGUGGACCUUGGUAGGCUACGGGUUCAUGACCUAGAGGCAGCCGUUCUGGAGAAGCCUUCGGAUGUAGGACUGUGGCUCAGGCUGGCAAGGAGUCUGCUGCAGGAGUCUAGUGUGGACAGAGCAUUGAAUGCCUUAUCAAGAGGCCUAGAACUGAACUGCAAUUCAGCCCCUCUCUGGAUCCAGUACCUCACAGUCUACAAAGAGAGGGCUGAGAGAGGAGACUAUGUGGAGAUGUGCCUCAAGGCAACUGAGUUGGCCCCUUGCUAUUCGACUUGGUGGAUGUUAUUAGAGGCAGAAUAUUCAGUACUAACCAAACUAGAAAUCUGCAAGAAAAUCCUCCAGUUCCUGAAGGAGUCCCAUACCACUACCACCAAGACAUCUGAAAACUUAAAAAAGGCUGAAGGCUCUUUCAGGGAAGAGACGCAGGAUAUGGACUGUGAUACAAGCACCGAGCAAGCAAGGACUCUGCAAAACCCAAAGAACCCAACUACCUGUAGUGAACCGUCACAGGAAGGUGUUAGAACUGCCACUUUGAACGUGUCAGGCGAAACUGUCAAAGCUGCUGAAGGUGUCGCAGGAGAAAGGACGUUUAAAAGUGAAGGAAGAUCUAGUGGGGAGGAUAAUAUUGAUGAAGGAGAGAGAAAGAUGGAUACGAAAACAAUGAAUACUUCCAUUGAUGGAAAAGUUGGAGAGAAUUUGGACAAUGUGAGCGGCCCCAUGGCGAGCAGGGAAGAGAUAUCCCAUCAGGCUUUGGAGAUCCUGUUGUAUCAGUCCCAGCUUCAUCUCAAUAUGGGCCAUAAAGAUGAUGCUGUCAAGAGCCUAAAGUGUUCUCUCAGUAUACCUGAUCAAGAAGUUGACAGAGAUGUUUGCUGCUCUAUUUUGGUAACCUUUGACCUCUUCCUUGGUUGGCUCAGCCUUAUGAAUAUUCAUGCGACUGGUAGUCUUCCAUCUAGUCUCUUUGACCCUUCCGCUAGGCUUCCGAGUAAAAUUGUCAAAAAGGAACUGUUCUCCAUUCCGUGGAAGGUCAAUGCUGGUGACCUUAACAAGCAGGAAGUAGAUGAGCUAUGGGAGGGGGCUACCAAGGCGUGUACUGAGGGCAGGCCCCCAUCAGAACAAUUGGAUUCUAACAUCCUAGAGUUGUAUAAUUUAGAGAUAGAGGAACAACUAGGCAGUGGUGACUGGGUAGAUCAGCUCUGUAAACUUGACAUGGGUCAGUGCAGGCCAUCUAAAGAAGGCGAGGAGCUAUACUGUCGCUGUAUUGAGGCGCUUCAUAGGAGAGAGAUGAAGCCUUCAGAUGUUUUAAUGCAUGUGGAGAUGGGCGUGAGCCAACUCCCUUUCUCAUGUCGCUUGCACUUCAUGGAAGCUCAGUUUUGUCUUCUUUUCGGGAUCGAUGACCCUAGGUCAUCUCUUCGCCAGUGUAUCAUCAACUUCUACCAGCCAGAGUCUGGUGAGACUGUAUCGGACGAUGAUCUGCUUCAGCUCUAUAGACAUAGAUUGAAGCUACCCAUGCCUCUGGACUUCAAACCGCCACCCUCAUCCCCAGGAGCUCCCGCCCAGCUCAGAGAGGACAAUAAGACCUACAUGUGGCUCUGUUACAUCAUGCUCACUAACUUCAUCCUGGGGGAGAGGUCGGCAUGUGAAGCCUUCGAGAGUGCUCUCGUCAUGGUUCAAGGGAGGAAAGAUUUGGAGUUGAUCUGGAUUGAGUAUUUACGCUAUGUUGCUAGCAAGACGAAAUCACCAUCUCUGGACUCCAUUCCCUCGCUAGCAAAGCUUGUUCACCGAUGUUUGCUCUCCACGGCAACGCAAUACCCCCUCCCGUUCUCGCGGUCAGGGGAGACGUGGAACGAUUUCUCCUUUCACAAUCGGGUGAUUGCGUUGUAUAUGGAACAAGUUCACGAUGGAGAGCAAAUGGAGGAAUAUGAAAAGCUUCAACUGCAGAUGCCAGAUAAUGUUAUUCUAGCGUACAGAGCAUGUCAGUAUGCAGUUGAAAGUGGUUUCUCUCAGCUCGGUCUUCAGAUAGCCUACUCAGCCCUCCAUAGAUCUCCGGACAGCGUCGUCUUCUGGAAAAUAGUAAUUUCAUUGGCCCUUCAAAGUCAACGGUACAAAGAGGCACAUUCCCUGUACGAGCAAGCCGUUCUCUACAAUCACACAGUCUCUUCAUUGUGGAAAGACUUCAUAGCGUUCGUGAUCGCUCACGACGACGAGGCGACACUCCGCGAUCUACUCCAGCGGUGCCAAGAGAUCGGUUUUCAGCAAUCAGACGUUCUUCCCGGAGCACCAAUAACGUGACACAAUUACAGCAACUGAGAGCCAAACGCUCAGGAAGACGUCUCUGUAGGUUAUAGCCAACUGGGAUAUUAGGCGAUGCUGAUCUUGUUGUUGCUGCCUCUUGCUUCUUGAGUGCCCCAAGACUCGUAUGUGAUUGGACGAAAGGAUUACUAUAGCCAACCAAUCACCAAGUUGGAAUUGUCGGUAGUGUAAGUAUGAGUGUUGUAAAAAUCAUCCCCUGAUAUGGCAUCUUGCUCAUUUACUUUCAAUUUAAACCCUGAAAAGACCCUUGUUUUGUUUAAGUAAACAUGAAUACUAAUGAUUCUUCUAUAUUGAAAUAUUUGGUUUCAGCUCAUGCCUGCUUGAUAAUCAUUAUGUUUUUAAAUUGUUAGUCACCAAAAAUAUGCAUAAUAUGUGCUGCAAAACAUGAUCAAGUAAUAUAUCUCUGUAAACAUUUAAGUCAUUUUAUUGGUGACAUUGAAGUCAUUUUAUUGGUGAUUUUAAAGAAAUAAUUGCCCGAUGUUGAGACAGAAGAAUUCAUCCUGAUACUUUUUAUUACUGAUUAUAAUUUGUGUGCUUUGCCUACACGUAUGUUUUUAUUUUUUAUUUAAUCGAAUGAACAAGAUGCAUAACUCUUUGUUUUUCUUUUUAGCAACCCCUUCCACCUAUGUUUUAUGUUAAUUUGUAUCUCCUUUCUUUUCCAACUCAGUAGCUCAACUCUUCUUUCAAAAUGAUGUUUUGUUUAAUGGUUCUCAUGCUUUAAAUCCCUCAAAACUGUUCUGUUCUUCAAUGACAAUUGCAUGGCCAUCUCUUCUGUUUAUAUUUACAGAAGCUUUAAAGUGCCAUCGACUUAUAGAGAUGGCAAGCUAAUUUUCCAUAGCUAUGCUUGAUUUUGAAUCUCAGAAUAGAUUUUAUUAUCAAAAUGCCAUGUUUACCCCAAAUAUGAGUCAAGUAAAACAGUACAAUUUUAUCAAAAUUCGGUGAGAAAAUAGGAAAGUGUCUUCGAGUUUGCUUAGGUUAAUGAAACAGGGAUAAAGUCAUAUUCUGGGAUGUAUCUGAAUUAACAAUCCAAUUAUGAUAUGAGCUCUCUUUUUUUGUAUCCUCAGUGGAUUCAUUGGUAUAGUAUUGAUAAAGUCACUGUUUUGUUUAUAAACAGAGCAAAUUCUAAAGACUGAUUUAUUUUAACUUUCCAUUUUUUCUGUUUUGCCUGCUUGAUAUUAGUCCGUUGAUUCAGCUUCUUGAUGGUCGUGACCUUGACCAUUUUCCAUCCUUUUCCCUUUUAUAUGGCGGCUUUGGGCUUGUAUUCUAUCUUUAAACCAUGGACUGCCUUACUUUUGUUUGUGUUAAAUGUCACUGUACAUCUCAUUUCCUUAUUUCUUUCAUUGUGAGGAAAAUCCCAUCAUAUACUUGUUGCACAAGUUUGGCCGUUGCUACUGUUCGGUUUGUGUUGUAUAGCAAAGGAAAUACUGAAACUCUCACAAAAUGUAAUAUGAUGGCCAUUUUCACAUGAAAUGUCCCUGAUGUUGACAUUGAAAUGUAUUGUUGCAAUUCGUUUUGUCAAUAAUUAUGAGGGACUAGACCUUUGAAAAUGAAGUCAAUAACUUUUCAUGCUCUACAAAUAGGCCUUCAUGUAUCUUUCUAUAAACAUGCUAUUUUUUUGCAAGCAAUUAUACUUGUUGCCAAGACAGGCAACAGCUUUAGCAAUUUUACAUUAUUGACAGAAGCAAUGUUUUUGGCCAGGAUGAUCAAGAAUAUGUUGAUUUUGCAUAUGUUUUUUUGCAAAGAUCUGAUGUUACUGUGAGAAAUGUCUAGUGCAUUAUAAUUAAAGUGAUAUUGUUCCCACCUUAUUAUUAAUACCUGAGCUUACUAACUCUGUAUACUCAUGUUACAGUGUAUACUAUGGUUUGUAGUGCAGUAUCAAGCAAUGCUGAACAAUUUUGUACGUUAAUUAUUGUUCAUGAAUCGUAUUCUGUUGGGCUGUUUUCAUGAGACUGUUCGUCAAGUAAGGUAUGCUCAACAUUACAAAUGACUGGAGUAUGGCAAGCCAAAUGUGUGUCUUAAUCGCACAAGCUGAUGUUGAUAUACAUGUACUUAAACAUCAAUUGAAAUCUCAACGGUGAAAUUAACUUAUAUAUAUUUUGGCCUUAAUAUGAAGGAAAUUAUUUGAAGAAAUCCAGUUAUAUUUUGUUAAUAUGUAUUUGUCACUCGUGAUUAACUUACGUAUGCCACUUUAUAUUUCAGUUGUUUGUAAAAUUGUGCAUAACUUUGUGAAUGACUUCUUGAAGCAUCCCUCAAUGUUUGUUUCUUAUCUACAAAUGGUAAUUUCAAUAUGGAAAAAAGAUGUUAACAUUGAAUAUGGUAGAAAAUAUAAAUCACAAUUCCAAAAACAAAAUGAUUUUGCAAUUAUAUUAGUUAUUUACAUUCUUAAGCUUUCAGAAAAAAAAUGACCAAUUAAAUAUUUGGUCAAGAGUAAGAUAUGCAAAAUUUCUCUCUUUGUUAGGGUUAUGUUUUCAUAUGAAUACAAUGCCCUUUGUCAAUCUUCAUAUUCUCCCCAAACGAAGUAUUUUUAAGAUAACGUUUCUGAUAAUGAAUAUGAAACCAUGAAGCCCUGGGUCGACAAGGAGAUAGGAACUCUUACAAGAAUGCUGUCCGGGAUCUCUUAUUGUGGUCUUGCGAAGAUUCCUUGAAUCCUGUAUUGGUGACGAAGAGGGAACAUAUGCUAUUGCCUGAAAAGAUUGGAACCAACCCGCUCUAAAUAUGCAGCCGAUUGUGUACACCAAAGAUGCAUGACUUGAUCCGCUUUUACUGGAUAGAAGACUAGACCAUCACACGAUCAUGGAAUUAUUGGAUUAUGAAGUCAAAGGCUGGAUUCAAGACUAUCAGAGGACUGGAUAUCAAUUGGAAUAUUGCUGACCACUUUAGGAAAUUUGAAGCUUCAUCACUGGAAAAUAAUUUAAUUCAAAUUUGAAUUCUGCUUAAUUUGACCACUUUUUCUAGUAUUGAUUUAAACUUGAUAGUAGUAAAAAAAAAAAUCUUGAUAAAUGAAUAUUACAAUCAUAAUUUGCUGAAUAUAAAUUUCAUUUGAACUUAUUCUUGAGAAGUUACAUAUUGUCUUUAAAGAUAUAUCUUCUGAUUAUUUUUCUCUAAAUGUAAUGUUAGUUCUUGCUGCAUAUUCAAUUUUAUUUCCUCGCAGUUUGGACAAUUGUGAAAUAAAUUCAUUAUCAGCAAAAUAAUUCAAUUGAAAUAGGCAAAAUUAGCAAUUGCUAUAUGAUUUGAGGUUACCCCAAAAAUGUCAAUGAAAUACAAAAUAUCUCUUUAAAAACUUCUUUCUAAGGAACAUCAAUUUUUAGUGUUUUUCUUCUUUGGAGUAAGCAAAUUUGAUGAAUUCACACAAUGCAGUAGUAUUUUGAAUGUCAUUGUGAAAUUUUUUGGAAUAUGUGAGAAAUUAUAUGCUUUGUAUGAAAAAUUGAUAUUUGAAGAAAAAUGGAAUUCAAUUUGAAUCCCUUUCCCUUAUUUGGUGAAUUUCUGUCAGAAAAUCAAAUCAUGAAUAAGAAGAAUUUCAAAUGCAACCUUUUUAAAAAGUUAUUACUUUUGAAGAUUUAAGCAUAAAAAGGGUUAGAUGUCUGACUAGCUAUGAGUCCCUGUUUUAUUUUUCUUUGUCCUCCCAAAAAUGAUAUAUAUAAAAAUUUAUUCAUGUUUUUUAUACCCUCUGUUUGCUGCUUAAAAGAUGGGUUAAAGGGCUGCCCAGAAAUUUGUCAAUUAAUGCCCUUUAACAAAACACAUGUGAAUGAUUUAAUCCAAUUAUUUCAUUUUCCCCUAGAUUAGUAGUAUAUUUCAAGGGGGCUCUUUCAUGAAAAGUUUUUUAAAGAGAUUUUCAUUGACUAAUUUGCUAUCAGCCAAUCAGAUGCUUUGGUUUGCAGUAGCUUAUAACAUCUGUCAGUGAAAAUCACUGACCAAACUUUUCAUGAAACUUUCCCCAGGCGAGACACUAUUACAACACAAGGGCCCGUAUUUUGAAGUUGGGUUUAACUUAAACUCGGGUUUAAAGUUAUGGCUUAAGUAUGGAUAGCCAAUUGUUACAUAAAUCACAGUAGAGAUAUCAUAUUUCAGCUCAUUUGGCUCUCAAAUCAUUCAUAAUUGUCUAUGAAGUAUAAAUUGAUGAUUGUCUUCACCAUUGAAGAAUCAGGAAAGCACAGUAAAUAUAAGAUACAUACAACUUAAUGAAAAUUUUUGACACUUUUGGCUUCCCAUAAUUUUAGCACAGAGUUAGACCAUGGUCUAAGUUAAACCAACUUCAGAAUACGGGCCAUUGUGUUUUAAAUGUCUCGCAAACUUUAAAAGUCAUAUGAUGUUAAAUUUUUAUGGUGCUAUGUAGAACAGAGUACUACUUAGAAAUUACAAUUCAAUUAGAAAGAAAUAUAUCAAUACAUUUGUUUAAGCUGGGAAGCUUAAGAACCAUUACAUUGAUGCUUUUGAAAUUUAGAUAUAAUCUGUGCAAAUCCAUUUGAAUUACUUGAUAUUUUUUAUCUUUAGAUUUAAGUAAUUGAGUGGAUUUGAUGACUUGAGAAAUUGAACAGUUUCUUAUACAUGCUUUUCUUGAGAACAGACCAGUUUUAUUUCACUUGUGAUGUUUUAUGCAUGAUGUAUGUACUAUGAUAUGAUUUCGGGAAAAUUAUAUUUCUUUGAGUUUUAAGAUG